AUGAUAGCUUCUAUCUCCAAAGCUACACUGACUGUAGAGCCAAACCCUGUGUUCCCUGGAGAGACAGUUACUCUGACGUGUUCAGUAGGGUCUGACAGUAUCUGGAACUAUAAGUGGUACAAAGACAGGAAUGAUAAUGUAGUAUCCCAGUCUGAUUACAGUAACAAUGGAGUCUCUCACAUCAGUAGAGCUGGUGUGUCUGACCAGGGUCAGUACUGGUGUGAAGGGAACAGAGUGUCUAGACCCACAUCUUCACAAYCAAGUGAUCCUGUCACUCUCACUGUAAAAGCUCUUCCCAAAACUACUCUGACUGUGAAGCCAAACACUGUGUUCCCUGGAGAGACAGUUACUCUGAUGUGUUCAGUAGGGUCUGACAGUAUCUGGAACUAUCAGUGGUACAAAGACUGGAAUUAUAAUGUAGUGUCCCAGUCUGUCAGACACACUAUAACAGGAGACACCCUCACCAUCAGUAGAGCUGAUGUGUCUGACCAGGGUCUCUACUGGUGUGAAGGGAACAGAGUGUCUAGACCCACAUCUUCACAACCAAGUAAUUCUAUUACUCUCACUGUAGAAGGUGAGUUACUUUGUGUUUUUGUCAUAAAGAUGGACACUAUUUAUAUUGU